AUGUCGUUCUCUGAUUCAAAAAGACCAUAUGAUACAUCAUAUAAUCGGCUAAAACUCGCUUUGGUGAUAUUACGAAAUAAACCUGUGGAUUGGACUGUCGAUGAGUAUAUUCGAUUUGUAAAUCGGACAUCUCCAAAAACCCAAGAAAAGCAACAAAUUAGUGAUAAUACAGACGGUGACAAAAACUGUAUUGAAACAAGAGGAGGAGACCAUGUAAUUGUUGAAAUUGUUGAGGAAAACCACCAAGUGAGCAAUAAAGUAGGCAAUAAAGUAGGCAAUGAAGUAGGCAGCGAAGUAGGCAAUAAAGUAGGCAAUGAAAUAAACAAUAAAGUAGGCAAUGAAAUAAACAAUAAAGUAGGCAAUGAAAUAAACAUUGAAGUAAGCAAUGAAGUAAGCAAUGAAGUAAGCAAUGAAGUAAGCAAUGAAGUAGGAAAUGAAGUAAGGAAUGAAGUAAGGAAUGAAGUAAGAAAUGAAGUAAGAAAUGAAGUAAGAAAUGAAAUAAGCAAUAAAGUAAGCAAUGAGGUAAAUAAUGAUAAAGACCCAGAUAAUGACGACGGCCAGCGUUGGAAGGAGAGAGCCUUGGAAUUAACCAACGAAGUCGAAGCGUUAAAGCAACGCUUAUGUAUUGUCGAGUUAGAACUCGAAGCUGCAAAACAAGGCACGUCUAACAAAAGAAGAAAAACAAAGGUCCAACAAGCCACCACAAUCACUGAAGGUGAUCAGAGUUCUGUAAUAUCACUAACACCACCGAAUAAAAAACAAUCUGGAAAAAGUGCAACUUCAAAAAGAGGCUCGAAAAAAUUUCAAGAUCCUGAAUCUAAGAUAUUUCAAAGGGUACCAGGAGCUGAUGAUGAAAUUUGGAAAUUAUUCGAUAUCAGUCAAGCAAUGUCUUUUUUACAGCAAAUUAAAUUGUUGGCUCAUAUAACACCGCCUGCUAUAUCAGUCACUGACUCUUCUUCAUUUUCGCCAUAUUCUGUAAACUCUGGAACAGUAAUAACACAAACGAUUGUCAAAACCAUUAAUUAUAUGAAUCUAAAGUUAUCAAGUUUAUUAAAAGUGUUUGAGAAUAAUUCAACAAACAAUAUAAGCAUGUUACAAGCGUAUCCAUUAUCAUUUUUCGAUUCUCCUCUAAUUUCUGAAUCGGAAAAAAACGAAAUUAUUAUUGCGCUUGCAAAUUCAUUUUCAUCUUUGAUCAAGGCGAUUCAUACUAUUAGUAUGAGAAUUUUAUAUGAUACAUUACAGGAUAAUGAUUCUACAAACAAUCGCCCUAAUGUUAAAAAUCAAGAUCCACGAGAUGCAAUAGCUAAAUUGUUGAUUCACAUUUGUUAUCAUGUUGGACCAAAAUUAAGGGAUGCUGUUUCGUUAGCUGCAGUAAAGGAGUGUCUGCGGCUAGUAUCUGAGGAAUUUGGUAUUAUUAAUGAAAAUCAAUCAACACCAUUACAAGAAAAUAGUUAUUCUAUAAUACCGAUUUUGUCUACCGAUCAGGCUACUGCAUCAUUAAUGCAGGAUUCUACAUUGUUGACAAAGAAAGAUGCUGAUGUUAGAGAUGUUGUGCGUAAGGAUAGUGCUUAUUUUUUGUUAUGGAUUCUUGAAGAAAUAUUGACCAGAGAAAAUGGUAUUUUGGAUCAAACAAGAAAAGAAAUCCUAACAAAUCUCUUGCGUGUAACAAACGCACAUCUUUGCAUGGGGAUGCUUACACAAUGUACCUUUGGAAUGUCUGUGAAAGACUUUGGACGCUGA